AUGACAAAGUUCAAUGGGUUGAACUAUGCUGAUUGGUCUGAAAAGAUUCAGUUUCAACUGGGUGUUGUGGACUUAGACGUGACAUUAAUAAUGAAUGAGAAGCCUGCUGCCAUUACAAAGGACAAUAUGGAAGAUGAAAGCUCUCUUUUUGAGGCUUGGGAAAGGUCUAACAGGUUGUCUUUGAACUUGAUGAGAAUGACAAUGGCUGAAAAUGUUAAGCCAUCUAUACCCAACCCUGAAAACGCAAAGGAAUUUAUGAAAAAUGUGAAAGAGUAUUCAAGUUCUAAAAUUACUGAUAAAUCUGUUGUGGGAAAUUUGAUGAGUGAGUUGACGACUAAAAAGUUUGAAUGGUCUCAACCCAGUCAUGAUCAUGUGACUCAAGUGGGAAAUUUGGCAGCAAAGUUGAAGUCCUUAGGUAUGGAUGUGAAUGAAUAUUUUCCUGUACACUUUAUAAUUAGCUCGCUUCGUCUUGAGUUUAGACAGUUCCAAGUGAAUUACAUCACCAUCAAAGAGAAUGGAACUUUAAAAUAA